ACACAUGACCGUCACUCACGACAUAAAGCACGAAGCCACACAUGUCUUGUCCUACCAUGUACCACCUCCGUACUGUACACUUACAAAACCUCCCACACACACGUCCACUCCACACGACACAUGACAUGACAUGACAUGCAGCACAACGGCACACCUGUCUUAGCUAAGCUACGCUACGCUACCCCCUGGUGUUGUGUUCAUUCAUUUCAUGAGGUCGAACCACUGCCUGAUAACGUUGGUCAGCACCGCCGGCAGUGUGGUGACGUCCUGCACCACCGCAUAGUACGGGAAGGGGAAGUCCUCCAGGUAGUGUGUCACCUUGGGCGUCGAACCCUCAUACGUCACCGUCUUCAGGUCAAACACUGACGACGAACUGCUGGCAGCCUGCUGCUGGUCGGGGGAGGGUGUCGGUGUCUUGCGCGGCGUGUCAACGAUGAUGAGGACGGGGAGGUGCCGUUUGGAGAGGGCAACGUGGACCCACUUGCGGACGGCGGCCUUGUUGAACCGGCCGUCUGUCACGAUGAGGAUCAUCUGGUGCACCUGCACCGAACCACCUGCAACCAGAAAUAUAUGGCGCCGACAGCACAGCACGGAAAGGAUGUGUGUGGGUGCGAUGUCUGUCUGUCUGUGUGGUCGGUGGGUGUCUCCCUCCCUGUGUGACUUACCGGCUCGCGACGACGCAGCCAUGCCCCCCCUCUCAAACAUGUUGAUGCACAGCUGCAGCAGGUCCGGCAGACCCUUGAGUGAGUUGAGGCAAGGCACCACACAUCCCAUCCCAUCAGGCACACACACAAAGACAUUAAAGAAUACAUACGGCGAUGAGUGGAGUGCGUGGCGUGGUGAGUGAAAUGCAGCCCCCUCCCUCCCUCCCUCCGUGCAGUGAGUGCACCUGUUCACCUGUUGGUGUGACUGUGCCGAUUCCUCCAUGAAGGUGAGCUUCUGCAGGGCGCCCACCAGGCUGUGGGACGAAAAGUCCUUACCCAAAGGCAGCAGCACACGGGGAUGCUCUCUGACAUACAUACAUGAAUGACAUGACACAACCAACACAAACCCAAACACCGUAAGUGUGCAGACACACAUAUCACAUUUUUUGACCCCACUCCCCUCCACUCUCACACUCACCCGCCGUACGAGCACACGCCAAGCUCCCCAACCUCGAGACGCAUCAUCGCCUGGCCAGGCGACAGCAAAACAGUGCCCCCAUCAGCACAGCGCAGCACAUAUGGAAGGGGAGACGGACGGGGCUCUGUGUUUUGCGUGCGGAGCGCAUUUGUGACUGAGUGACUUGACUUGCCUGGCAGAUGAUGGCGAGUGCCUGCAGUGCGAUGGGUCCGACGCCGCAUUCGGACAUGCUCCUGCUGUUGUCGAAGCCAACCAGGAUCUGAUACUCACGCUUGCUCGCCUUGGUACGACGCAACCUGUGUGUGUAUAAGACACAUGUGUGUCUGUGACGGUGUGUCGUGUCGGCUCGGUGCCUGCCUGCCGUGUUCACUCACUCCCUGCCAUCCAUCCAUCCAUCCAUAUUGCCAUACUGUUUACCAUAUUUUGUCUUUUCUGUAGUUGGAUGCGAUGAAUGGAAUGACCUUCUUCAUCGAUAUGCGCUUGCCCGUCUUGUAGUCCCCCUGCAGCCGGCCUCGCAGCGUGGGCUCCAGGAUCAACCGCAGCUGCUCGCACAAUGCCGUGGCGUGCAUCACCGUCUCGGCCUCCAACUCACGCCACAACGCUGCACACACACAGAGAGAGAAACACCCGACGGACAAUCCCCACACCACACCCGGCUCGGGGCGCACCAGCCUUCCCUCACGAAAGGUACCUUGCGCAGCGGUCUCUGUGAGUCCCCCACCACCCCCACCAAUCCCCUCCUUGUCUGCGGCAUCUUCGGUCGUAUCCACAAGUGCUGCUGCGGCCUCGGCGUCCUCCAUCUCCACAUCGAUGUCGACCAGCUGCUCGCCGACCCUCAAGCCACCCCCACCGCUGUCAUCUACAGGGCCCCGCUGUCGGCGACGGUAGGUGUCUAGGAGGCUGGCCUCGUUGUCGGUGCCACUGCCUUGUGCCGCCUCGUCGGGCUGGUCGGGUGAUGUGUGCGCCUUGUCUCGUGAGGCCUGGUUGAGGGGGCGGUGGGGGAGGGCUGCAUCGGGGGUGGUGUCUGAUGACACAUGCGGCAGUCACAGAGCCCGUCGAUGGAUGGACGCGACGCGUGUGGGUGCGCACCGCACCUUGCCGCAUUUGGUCGCUUUCGUCUUGCUUCUUGUCGGUGUCCAUUGCUGAGUCGUCUUCCUGCUCCUCCAUCACACUGAACCUGCAGAACCACACACACACACACACACAGAGUCAUGCGACGCAGCCAGCGGUUUCUUCUCUGUCUUACUUGAGGUGUUGUUGUUCGAUGGCGUCGGACUGCACCUCUGCAGCACCCUGCAGCUUGCUCGUCUCAUCCAUCUCAAACGCACCAUGACCUGCAAGGCAGGACAGGACAGCCCCACAACAGUGACGCGACGGCCGGCGACUGUCUGUCAACCCGGCUGGCUGUUGUCUCUCUUACCGUGUUCGAGUGUGUCUGGAGCGCUCUCCUCGACCGGCCCCGCCUCGUCGGGAUUCUGCUCCUCACCGCCUGCAAGCGACACACACAUAUAGCGGUGCAAGGAAGACUUAUGCAUGCGAUGUCGCCUACCUUGUUGCUGGAGUGCCACUUUCUGCAGCCAUCGUUCCGUCAUCUCCACAGGGUCACGCAGCGGGUUGGGGAUACGGGGCGGCGGACGGCUGCGGACCGAUGGGAAGGGAUGGGCAGAGAGAAAACGUGAAAUGAAUGACAAGGGCAGCUCUCGGCCCCUGUGUAGGGAGGGUACCGAUGGGAGGGUCUGUCUGUCUGUCUGUGUGUACCUUCUGUUGGCGGCGUCUUGCUGUUGUUGCUGCUGGCUGAUGGUCUGCGCCCCCUGGUCGGACAUGGCAGCAGCGGUGCCACGCUGGGACACCUGCACACACAAUAUAUAUAUGACAAAUGCCCACGUCUGUAGGUCGGUGUGUGUGUGUGUGUGUGUGUGUGCAGCCAAUGGUGAGUGCCUACAUACGUUAGAGUCGUUUGGCGGCAGCAUGUCCUUCAUCGACUCAUCCACAUCCUGCGAUGCGAUCCACCGAUCCACCAAUCAAAUCAGCCCACUCACUCACCGAUCAGUGAAUAAAACCAUAGUGGUGUUUGUCUGUGUGUGUGUCAUAUGGUAUGGUUACUGACUGCAUCAGAUGAAGCCUCCUCAUCGAGAGCCUGGUCUCCCCUCUCCGUCGACAUGACACCAAAGGCAGUGGUCGGCUGCACGCACCGAAUACAUCACAUCCACACACAUAAGUACCUAACCUGGCCGCUCAGCUGGUGCGGCCACGCUGAAUAUAUACCUGAGGUUUGUCUUGACGCCUUGCAGAUGUGCCGAGGUUCUCCUCCUGCUGCUGGUGGUUGUCCUCCGCCUCUACCCCCUCAUCGCCCACGUCACGCAUCGUCGCGUCGGCCGCUGCACACACACGUACAAGUAGAGACGAACAAGACAAGACGUCAGCACUAGCCAGCUGGUCAUGCGACCAUGCAGUGUGCAUCUGUGGUGUGGUUGGUGUGUAUGUAUGGUGUGUUUGGCCUCAGCGUGUGAGCUUUGUCUAUGUGGGCGAAGCAACCUUCUCGAGGACUCCGUCAUCCCACACAACGCAUGUGUGGUCAGAGGCCUCUUGUCGCUAGCGUACGACGAUCAUCCCAGGCAGCUGGCUACCUACACACCUACCUAACUACCUGACUACCUGUCAGUCUCUCUGUCUGUCUGUCUGUCUGCCAUGCAUGCGCCCUGUGAGCCCACCUCCGUGUGCCAGCGGCUCUGGUGGUGGUGGUGGUUGCUGAUGCUCCAUGUCAUCUGCACUUGGCGCCUCCCCCCGACGCCGCGACUCGUCAACAUCUGAACACACACACACAGGCGUGGUACUGUGGUCGUGAAAUGUCACGUGAGGGGUACCUACCCAGGCCAUCAGUGUCGUCCGUCUGGGGCGCCUGCUCCUGCUCCUGCUCCUCUUCUUGCUGUUGUCCUGUGGGCUCGUUGUCCUCAGGCCCCUCACCCUCACCCAUCGGCUGAUCUUCCAGUUGGCCGCCCGCCUCUUGCUCCUCAGCCUGGCCAGUGUCUUUACCCUCUGGUUCACUGUGCUGCUGCUCAAGGGACUUUCCGAGCUCUUCUUCUGGUUGCUCUUGGUCCUUGUCUAAGUCGAUGUCGCCCUCGUCACCCUCCAGAGUGAUGUCCUUAUGUGCCACCACACACAGACACACACGUGUGCUGUGCGUGCAUCCUGUCUAUUGUCCGGUGUCGUGAUAGCUACCUUACCUUGUCGAGGUCGAAGUCCUCCCCCUCGGCCUGCUGCUCCUCGCCGCCCUUGUCGGUGUCCCGUUUGGGCAGGUGGGCUUGGUACUUGUCCGCCUCGUCAUCGCCGCGGUCACCCUCAUCUGCUGCACCAUCCUCGCGCUCCUCGUCCUCGUCACGGCUGGGCUCAUCGGUGCCGCCCUGGUCUUGGCCGUCUCCUCUUGGUUCGCCCUGCUUCUCUUGCUCCUCCUCCUGGGCGACGGUGUCGGUCUCGCCAGCCCGUUUGCCGCCUGCAGAGAGAGCAGUAAGUGUAUGGGGCGAUGGGUGGGUGGGUGGGUGGGUGCCUGUCCUGUGUGGUGCGGGCGGCUGGCUCUCUGUGUGUGGUGUGUGCACCUUUGGCGGUAAUGUCCUCGGACUUGUUGUCCCUUUCUUGGCCUUCCGCAGUGUCGUCCUGGUCAUCGUCUUGUGUGUCGCUGCCCUCCCAGAGCUUCUCGUCCAGCUGACCGCCCUCGCUCAGGUCAACUUGACCUACAUUAGUUAGAAACAGCAUAGCAUCACAUCGAUCUGUGUUGAUGGAUGGCCUUAAUUCACCUUUCGUCCGGUCGGCCUUGUCUUCCUCCUCCUCGUUAUGCUCGUCUUGCUGGUCCUCCUGUGCGUCGGGCUGCGGCUUGUUCUGCAUCUCGCCCUCGAAGUCGAAGGACACUUCCAUGGCCGUAUCCUUCUCGUCCUGAAUGCCAGCCAGCAUCGUCAACACGCACGUGAUCUGCCUGCCUGCCUGUCAGAGUCAUGUCAUGCGGUGCUAUGCUACGUCACUCACGUCUUUCUGGUGGCCUUCCGGCCGGGCCGACUCGUCACCCUUGAGACCUGACAAAUGAGCCGUGACACGACACGACACGACACAAGACACACACACCGUGUGCUGUGCACACACCAUGCAUGUUUAGGUGUAGUGUGUGUACCCAGCCCCCCGCCCCGCCCCCGCUCGGUGCACCACAUACGUACCUUCCAUGGUGUGUUCCUCCUCUAUCUCCUCCGUCACGUCCUUCAUGCCCUCUCCCUCGCCCAGACCAGUGCCCCCCACCCACUCAUCCCCACCCUCCCCCUCUCCGGCACCCUCCACCUCCUUGGCCUUGUCCACACAAAACCCCUUCUCAUACAGCAGAUGGACCACCUGCAGCACCCUCACCGACAGCGACGCAACACCGCUGAAGGUGUCGGCCGCCGUGAGCAGGAGGGCCUCUGCGAGGAGGAUGACUUGCCGGAUGAAGGGCGCGGCGGGGUGGAGGGCUGUGGGGAGGUAGUCGGCGAGAGUGGUGUCUGCUGUGGCGUUGUCGAGGUGGUGUUGGAGGGCGGUGAGGAGGGGUGAGAGGGGGAGGGUCUCUUCUAGUGGUCGCGCAUCGGAGAGAUCGGGGGCCGGGUAGGUGGACUCAGGGUCCGUCGACUGGCCGUCGGAUGAGACAAAGAGGCACUGAAACAGACAGACAGGCAGACAGACAGCGCACGGCAAGUGUCGUGUCUGACCAUGUUUGCGUGCCCAAAUCCAUCCAUCCAUACCAGGACUGGUACGUACCUUGUCAUCGCUCUUGACAGCAGUUUGGAUCGCCAGCAGGCAGGCUUGCACCAGCCUCCCCUGGCCCUCAACGUGCCCCUCAGUGUUUGUGAUGUCUUGACCCCCUCUGCAUCUGUCGACCUGUCGCAGCAGCUCCCCACGCCCAGCCUGCAGCGCCGUCACAGCCCCUCUCACACCCCUCACGGCCGCCGACGGGAGGUCCACCAGUGCAUCGAGUCGAGACAGAAGCGCCUCGUCAACACACGCGCACACGGCACUCACCCUCUCCCGCCACCCUUGCAGCGUGUCAACCGACACGCGCAUCUUGUCAGCAUCUCCGCGAUAGUCGUGUCUUGUGAGCAGCUGGUACUCGCAGCUGUCGACCACCUGCCGCUUGGCCAUGUCAAUCACGGGCACGCACUUGACCAUCGCACUCGCCACCUUCCUCUGAGCUUCGGCAGCCCCCGUGCCGCCGGCCAGCUGCCGUGUCCACUCGUCCGCAUGUCGGUCGAGCAGAGACUCGUCGAUGAGUGGCGGGAGGGACUGCUGCAGCGCCUCGGGCGACAUGGGUGUCGUAGCCGUGUCACCGAAUAGCGCGAUGGUCUGGAGGAAGCUCUCCUCCAGAUGGGUGAGGGCCGAUGUGAUGGAGUGGAUGAGGUGGGAGGGGACGGCGAGGGAAGGGCCUGAGAGGAGGGGGUGUGCGGCGAGGCAGAGGUGCUGCAGGCGGGAUGCAUAGCCGAAACACCGCUGCUGGUGACGCAUCGACGCGUGGAGAAGGGAUGCACUAAUCCCUGUCAGUCAGGACACACACACAGGGAGGACUGAGUGAUGGACGUGCACUGCACUGCACUGCCCUGCACGCCACGCACCUGAGAGCCGUUGGUACUCGUGUUGUAUGUCUGGGUGCGGCUGUGUCUGCUGCAGCUUCAGGAAGAUGUGGAGCACGUGAUACAGCUGCCCCUGGCCCUCACACAGGAUGCCCUGGAUCGCCCGGUGGGCGCCAUCCGACAGUGAGCCAUGCAGCAGCAGGGGCUGUGCGGACGGGGGCCAGGGUGUUGGCGUGGGGCUGCUGGUGAAAAAGGCUGACACGUCGGCGGCCGACCUGCCGCCCUGCGCCAGGUGUUUGAUGCCGAGAGACUGCAGCUCCUGUCGGAGGGACAGCAGCUGCCGACGUUUCAAUGACGCAGACAUGUCCUGCAGACCAGAGAGACCCACAGCACAACACAAACCCUCCCUCUCUCAGUGCCGAUUCAGACAGCAGCGGAUGGAAUCUUACGAAGCUAACCUGGAGGUUUCUGAGUGUGUCUUUGAUGGCAGCGCAUAUCGACUCGGUCAGCUCACCGGCAGCUGUGGGAAGGAACACACAUCGAUGGGAUGCAACAUCAAGACACACUCAGGGCCAGCCAUCGAUGGUUGUGGUGUGUGUUUCUUAUAUUUCCUACCUGGCUGCCGCACCCCAUGGACCCUCUGCAGCACCCGCCUGCGCACCAGACUCACCUGCACACACACACACACACACAUACACUCACUCCCGUAAUAGCUUGGCGCACACAGCCAGUGGGUGCGUACCAUUCUGUGUGUGAGGGCGGGUGACCGAGCAGCGACGGCUUGCUCGUUCCUCCAGAAGGUAUCCCCCUCAGCCACCCCCACCGCCCCAUCGCCGGCAUCCACCGUACCCUCACCCGCCACAGGCGCAACGGAAGGGAGCUCAUCCGAGGGCAGCACAGCGGCCUCCUCCAGGAAGGCAAACCUGCUCCUCUCCUCAUCGUCAGCAGUGCCUUCGUUGUCGCCUCUGGUAGACGUGUCUGGUGGUGGUGCUGAUGCGGCGGUGAGGUGCGUGUGGUCGUGCUGCGCCUGGUAGCUCACUAUGUGGGGGUCGCAGGGCUCCUGAGGAUAGAUAGCCAGGAUGGGAUGGAUGAAGUGAUGUCAUGCAUGCCAUGCAGGGCGGAGGGAAGAAAAGUGUGUGUGAGGGUUCGCUUACCUUGAGGGCGUCGUCGAACCGUGUGAUGGCCUUCUUGAGCUGAUGGUGACUCCGGUGAACAGCCCUGACGCCAAAAAAGAAGUCGACAAUGCAAUGCAUACCUUACCUUCGUCUGUUGGUCGUGCAGUGCAGACGUGCUCGCUGGCGUACUCUUUGAGUGCGAUGUGGUUGCUGAGGUCCCAUCUGGUCAGCUGCACCAGCUCCCGCACCUCUUUGUCCAUCUCCCGCCGCGCCUUCUGCAACGCACCCUCCACCGCCUCACACCACACCCGACCGUAAGCUGCCACAUGACACGCCGCCCGACCCAUGGCCCGCUCAUGCGCACGCUCAGACGACGCAAACAACCGCCCACACGCUUCCAGCAAAUGGAUGCGCGUGUCAAACUGCCCCAGGGGGGCCAGCCGCAGGAACUUCAUGAGCUGGUCCACCACCUGCCGGACGGUGUCGUCACUGGGGGCUUUGUUGGCAUCUGUUGUGUCUGCAUCUGUUGUGUCUGGUGGGUCAGCGAGCAGGUUGAUGAGGUGUGGGAGGGCUGCAAGCGCUUCGUCGGCCCAUCGCUCUUCACGGAAGUGUCUCAGAGUGCGCCAUUCCUCCAACUCACGCUGACGCAGACGAAUCACCUGUGUGUGAGGCAGGGCAGGCAGGAUGACACACACCACACGAUGAUCGAUCAUAAGGGUAUUGUCAGCUCCGUGCAGUGCGUGGGGGUCCGUCCGUACCUGUCGCUCGACGGCCUCGAGGCCCUUUCGUAAGGACACCUCGCGACUUGCACGGGAUUCCCACAACUGUGCUCGUUCAAGUAAGGCCUCCAACGCUGUGAGGACCGCCGCCGCCGGCGUACGGAACAGGGGCGCCUGGGAGAUCUUCUCCACCUAUCACAUCACAUAUAUCACAUAGCGACAGACAAGACAGCAGCGAUUAGAUUGCCUGCCUCAUCUCAUGUCUGUCAUGCAUCGAUCGCAUCGAUCGCAUCCUCCCCCACCAUUUGUUUGACGCCGAUGAGUGCCGGCUGGUCAGGGUAGAUGUCCAUGACCCGCUCCGCAUCCUCACCCACCCUCUGCACCGCCGGCCACACGGAGCCCACCAGAGAAGGGUUGGAGGUGGAGUAGAAGGACGAGGCGCCGCUCUGCACAGUUCGCUGCACCCCGAUGCCCUUCCGCCGCAGGUGCACGAACCGCAUCUUCUUGGCACGCUCACGAUGCAGCCGCCGCCUCUCCGCCUUCAACGCCGCCUCGGCGUCUUCCUGCUGUCCGGUGGCCUCAUCCUCGUCUUGUCCGUCCGUCUCACCAAGCAUUUCUCGCAACUGGUCAUCCUCUCUCUGUUUCACACGUGACAUCACACCAGGCAGGCAGGCAUAUACGCCACGCCCAUCUCCUGUGUCUGUCUGUCUGUCUGUCUGUCUGUCUGUGUGCCUGUGUGCCUGUGUGGCUGGCGGAUGUUGCCCUGCCCACCUGUGCGAGUCGUGAGGUGUCGAUUGCGAGCGCUUCGCGGCAGGUGAUGAGCGUCGCCAGCACCCCGGGGCUGCCGUAGUCGUCAAAGGCGGGAGGCAACAGGAAGCGGCUAGUGGUGGGACCCUGCUGUUGCCCUUGAGCUCCUCCUGUGUGGUCCACACCGGGGGCCGGCAUGCAGGUCUCUAGGAGGCCCAUGUGGAGGGCCACUGAAGCCUGACAGACAGACAGACAGACAGACACGCACAGCGCACCAACGCCCGCGGAACGUUGUGAGUGAAUGAGACGAGCGUGUCUGUCGGUGCCAGGUGGCACAUCACAUACCUGCAAGGCGACUCGUCUCUGGCGCAGGAGGCCUUGCAGGUGUAUCGACCCAGCUGUCAGGUCCGGGCUGGCUGCCUUCUUGUCCUCCGUCAGAGUCGCCACCAGCAGCCUCCCCGCCUCCCGAGCCAUGGCCUUGCCGCCGGUCGGCCCUCCAGGCACCUCUUCUUGGCCUUGGGGCGGGGGUAGUGGGGAGCUGUUGUCUUGAUGCGUGGGCUGACGGUCCUCCAUUUCGACGUCGGCCUCGUCGGGCAGCGUGAGGUCGCCGAAGAAGGUCUGUGCGGCCCUCUGGGAGGAAGGGAAGAGCUCCUGCACCUCAGCAUCGUCAUCCACGGUGGGGGUACCGUCGUCCCUGUCACCUCCCACAUCCUGUUGGAAUGCGGCCUGUUUCUGCCGCUCCUUCUCUCGCUCAUCACGCCACUCGGCCGACCACAAGACGCCUAGCUGCACACACACACACACACACACACACAGAGAGAGAGAGAGAGAGGGAGAGAGAGAGAGAAACAUGCAUCACAAGACAUUCAACACACGGCAGCGUCCAAUGAAAGGCUCACCUUUCGCAGCAGGGCUCGCAGCGUGUGUGCAAUGGGCCCUUGGGCGAUGUUGCUUCCACUCCUCCCUGCCGCCGCCCACCGCAGCAGCCAUGUCAACAGAGCGUCGGGCCCGAUGACCGCACUCGACAAGACCACGUCUCUGCGAGAUGCAACAGAGUGCACGGGACACUGGAAGAAGGUCCUCGUCUCGGCCAAGACCGCCGCGACACCCACACCAGCUGGAGGCUGUGCCACAGGGCAGUGCUGCGGCAGCUGGACGAGAUGCAGGCCGUGUAUGUGGGCGUGGAUGCCGACAGCAAUGGACUGUGACACGUCUGGGAAGAGUGGGUGUCGCUGCUCAAACUCCUCCAAGAAUCGCUGGCCGAAUGCCGUCAGUGUGGCGAUUCCCGCUGCUGACACGGGCUGUGGCUGGGGGAGGGGCGACGCCGUGUCGUCGGCCAUAGCCACCACAGCCGGGUACACAGGCAGCAUCCAAGACACCCUGCAACCGACACACACACACAGAUGGAUGGAUGGAUGGAUGCAUGGAUGAUGGAGGGUGGGUGGGUGCAUGUGUGUCAGAGUCUGACUCACUUGUCGGUCGAGCAUACGUCGCUCACGAACUGCUGCAGCGACCGCCGCAUCUGCUCCAGCACCUCCUGCUCACCCGCACACGCCUGCCCCGCCGCCGCCGCCGCCGACACCAUCCUCCCCUCACUGUCCAUCCACACGGAUCCGGCGAGCGCGUCCGAGGGCAUGGGAGGAAGGGGCGGCCGCAGGAAACUCCGCUGCUCCAGGUACCGCAGCAGUCUGGCCUGGUCGGCCUCCUGCUCCCUCACGUCGGCACAGUCAGACCACGACGGCAGCAUGCCCGGCUGGCAGACCGUUUGCAGCUCAAGCAGGCGGCGCUGCUCGGUGGUCUUGGUUAGCUGCACCUGGGCCUCCUGUCGUCUCAGGGUGAUCUCCAGUGACGCAGCCGCCCACGCACCGUAGCUGUCGGCAGCGUUGGCCACCCGCCACAGGCCAGCCAAGACCCACAGGACCCCUCGCCAGUAGGCUUCAACCGACGGGUCGGCCGUCGCAGCGUCCCUCGCUCGGUGGACCAGCCGAGCUAGAAUUGCGACAAUCGGGAGGGCAAAUCGCUUCAGUGUCCCGUCGGUCUGGUUUGUGGUCUCCUUCAUCUUGUUGCUGAUCUCAGUGAUGGCGGCGAGUGCUGCGGUGGUCUCUUCUGCUGGGGCGGGCGAGUGCCCUGUGAAUACGGCUGUGAUGGACUCCAGCAGUGGCAGGUCAUCUGUGUCGAGGACGGAGGGCAUGAGGGCUUCGACCAUGGCCAUGAGUAUGCACCAGUCGUCGUCUGUGGCACAUUGAUGGGGACGGGGACCGGUAGUGCUCGAUGACGCUGGUGGCGAUGACGGGGGCCUCUCCUCCUCACGGUGAAGCUGCACGCACCAGAAACACACACACUGUCUGCCUGGCCUACAUGUCUGACCUGUAUGUGUCAGUCACGGCUCCUUCCUUCACUCACCCAGAAUGGCGGUGAUUUGCAGUAGAGUCGUGUGACGGCCGACAGGUGUCGGUGCACGGCAUCGGCGCUCGAUAUGGGGGCCGUCGCCAUCACCUCCGAGCAGUACCGCAGGGAGAAGCUCGAACGAUACCCCGUCGUAACCACCGCCGAGAGGGCGGGAAGAUCCCUCUCACCGGUUGUAGAGGGCUCAUCCUUUCCGGCUUGUCUUGCCUCCUCAGCCACAGGAUCUGCAUCAUCCCCUGCCGUGAGAAAGGCCGCCGUGUGGUCGGCAGCAAGGUGGUUGAGGCCUCGGAGGGCAAACGCCAUUGCCCGAAAGCCAGCCGAAAACAGCUGCCGCGUCAAGUGUGGUUGGUGGCUGGUGGCUGUGUGGCUGUCGAGGGUGAACUUCAGCUCCAAUGCCGCUGCGUGGCCCUGCAGCAACGCCGAGAUGGUAUGAGAGAGGGACAGGCCGGGGCGGCCGGCGUCGUCUGGGAAGGGCGGAUCAUCCCGGAAGCCGUGGAGUAGUGUGCUCGCGUGGGAGAUGAGGACAGAGAUGGCGUCGAGGAUUUGUAGGCCAUGGUGCCGCAUUGUGUCUGCUGUCUUGUUGCGGCCAAUGGCGACGAUGCGGCUGGUGAGCGUGCAGAGCGUUGCGAAUAGGUGGAUCACCGUGAAGAGCAUGAAGUGGCGGUGCUCCCUAGUGAUGGUGAAAUGUGGACGACGUGUAUCUCUCGCCCCUCGUGUGGGUGGUGUGUGUGGGGCUCCCAGGAGGCUCCUCUCCACAGCCUCCUCGACCCGCCCGGCCUCAACAGAACGGUUGCACCACCUACCACACCACACCACAGCACGCAAUCAAUGGUCAUGUCAUGUGCGCCUCUUCCCUGCCCUCAAUGCACUCACUGCACACUGUGCCCCAUGUGCCCCACUCAGGUACCUGAGUGCGUGACAGCUGCCGAGGGUGGCGAGGAGGGUGGUGGCGCCCGGCGUCAUCACUCCAAUGCCGCUUCCAUCUCCUCCACCGAUUGGGGUGCUUCCCUUCCUCCGUGCCUCAUUCGUCGCGCGCCUGAGAGCCGCCUGGACGUGUGACAGCACACCGUCCCUCGCUGGCUUGUCGUCCUCUUCCUCCACCACCAUCAUAUCGCCCUCGUCUUUGUCCGGAUGAUGCAGCCACAGCCCCUCCCGGAUGGAGCACAGGAUGAGCCGUUCCAGGACGUAUCCACGCACCGACUGGUAGGGGGGCUGCAGGCCGUGCAGAGAGAAGCCAUCCACUCGGGCCGACCCGCCGACAAGACCACCGCACGGGUCGCGUCUGUCACAGAGGCGAUCGACUCGUGUCAGGAUGCCCGUCAGGGCUGUCAGCGAUGGGGGUAGCUGCUGCACUGGCCGUGAGUCCCUGCACAGGAGCGUCAGGUGGCCUUCGCACUGCUUGAGGUGGCUGUGUAGAUCGCCCGCGACAAGCCGGAAGGCCGCCUGGAUGCCGUUCCAUGCUGUCGCUGCGUCCUUCAUCGACACAAACGUGGCCCCGGUCAGCAGUUCCACUAGCCGUGACAUGCACUGCACGGCGGCGCGGGCGUGAAAGGCCACCUCCACCGCCUUGAGGUCCUCCAAGCCAGCUCCUCGAGCAACUGAAAUGGCAUCCUCGGCCAGCUGAAUAAUCCCCCUUGCAUCGCUCCGCAUAGCGGUCGGUGUGGCGGCGGACAGGCCUAUGUGUGGCAGCCGCUGCAGAGCCACCCGCUGCUCCUCAAACCGCUGGACCAGCCGGAGAAGCGAGUCAGGCUGCUGCCCCUCUGUUGAGACCGAUCCGAGCACCAGCCGCUGCCGAAGGUCACACUCCGCUCUCGCAAGCCGCGCCGUCUCCCGUGCGACGGCUAGUGACCCCACUGCAGCCGUCAACGAUACUGGUGAAGUGGUCCUGUGCGCGUCGCCUUGGUGUCUGUUUGUUAGGGAGAGGACCCUGCCUAAGGAGACCGACUGGAGCGUCAUGUGAGGCAGCCGACCUAGAUCCUCAGUGCUGGUCUCCCGCCAGGAGCUGCCACUGCUGCCUUCAGCAGCCACUUGCAGAAUGAGCUUCAUGGUGGGCGAGGCAGCGAACGGAGCCGAGGAGAGGUAUGUCGUGUGCUGUAGGAGCCGCGCUGCAUCCGAAACAUAGCCGUUCUGGAUAAUGCUCGCCAGUAUUGACCCCUCGCCGCUCAGGUCGGCAUCCUCAGCUGAUGGGGUGGUUGCCAAGACGGACAUCAGCUUCUCCAUGCUGUCACGGGUAUCAGUCAGGGCCACGGCGGUCCCCUCCAUCGCCCGCAGUGCCAGGAUGGAGAGGAUGGCCGAGCCGCCCGUGAGAGGCGCCACACAGCUGGCAAUGAAGCUCUCCUCCAGCAACGACCCAUCCCCCCCAUCGCAAGUCGACACCCGACGGACAGCCAAUGCGUCGGCCCAUCUCCGCAAGUGGCCCCAGUCCACGACGCAGCGAUGCGAGUGGGCGCUGUGCACAGCCCCCCUGGCAUGCUCGGCCAGCCCUCUAAGCAUCUCGCCGACCUCUUCUGAGGCUUCCGAAGUGUUGGUGUCGACGUGGUGGCUUCGGCUGAGAUUGAUCAUGAGAAGCACGAUGUGCGCGAGAGUGAGGACGGCCGGGAGGGAGUCGGGCUGAGGGGGGGAUGUCGGCCGGGAAGAGUUGAACACCCGCAUGCCAUCGCAGCAGAUGCGCAGGAAACCCAGGAGCCACUUGCCAUCCGGGAUAAACAACUCAGCCAGUGCAUCGGGGUGUUGGAUGGCUUUGUCCAGGACGCUCCGCUCCUCGCCAGCCAGACGUUCCGCAGCAGCAGCGAUGGACUUUCGGAUACCGUCGACGCGCCCACAUUCCUCCGGACCAUGAUGGCCCACUGUGUCCUUGAAGGCCCGAAAGUAGCGCCCCAUGGUCUCCAGCACAUCCUCCACGACACUUGUGCCCCCACCAUCUGCAGUCUCUCGGGCAACCUUGUUGCUGUCUGGCAGUGCCACCCAGUGGACGUCCUGGUGCCAGAGUGAGGGCGAGGCUGCCGUGUGGUCGACGUACACCUCCAUGCAGCGGUUGCGAAGGGCCCGGGACAGCUGCUGGAAGGAGGGCGCCGACACGUCGGCCGUGAAGAACACGCGGAAGGACGGAUGGGGCUUGAUUAAACGGGGCGUGCCACACUCAGUCAACAAGAGAAAUCCUACAGACAGACCAGACGCAAAGCAAUGCAAAGCAACCGGACAGACAGGACACCAUUGGUAGGUACAUUAAUUAGAGCUAAGGGUGGGUGUGGGUCCGUCCUACCUACCAUUUGGUUCGAGCAGUGAGUUGAGUCUGUCGAGGACGGCCGGUGCACUGAGGUGUGCGUUCCGCAUUACCAGCCACUUGCCCUCCUCCACCGCGCGGAUGAGGCACCCGUCCACCCACUCGAAGCCAACAGCACCAUCACCACUGGCCGCCCGGUGGGCACACACCUGCUCCAGAUGGCUGCACUCCCUCGCAAGAGACGCCAGCUCGCCGGCCAUCGACGACGAAUCGGAUGCCGAUGGGCAGAGGAGCUCUCGCAGCUGAUCCAAGACACUGUGUCGGGAGGGUCCGCUUCCUGCUGCUGCUGAUGCUGCUGGGCUCGUCAGCGCUUUGACCGAUUGCCGAAAUGCCGCGAGCAGCUCACUCAGCUUGCAAGCGAUGUGGUUGGCUGUUGGUGUGGCUGUGUCGUCAUGACGGGUGGACUCGGCCAGGGAGCUGCAUGCAUGCCGGCACAGGAUGUCCUCGGCCCUUUUGAGCAAAGUCGUCUGCAGCCGCUCUACGUCGAUCUGUUCGAAGCACCCCAGCAGCUCAGUGGCGUCCAUGGACGAGGUCAGGGGGAUCUCCACCACGUCGGCGCAGGUCGCAGCCCCCAGCCACCGCACCAAAGAGGCCUUCCCUGAUGCGGGGGGCCCCACCAGCAGGACAGGCCAUGAGAGGGCCACUGCGUGUGCGAUUGACGUGAGCAGAGAUGCCCUGCUGUGGAGGCACGACACCGGCUUGGGCAGACAGCUGUCACCAGGGCGGGUGGCCAGCCUGAAUGAAUGAAUGACACCACACACAUCCACACAUCCACAUCCAGGGGCACCUGUCUGUCGGAUGUCACGUCACGUUGUGCGUGUCUGUCUAUCAAUGACCUACCUUGGCAGUGUCGCGGUGCCCAGUGUGACGGCUGCCGGGGUGACAUUGACGCCUAUCGGAUACAGCACCGUGUCUUCGUACACACUACCCUGAAAGAGACAAAGGAGGAAGGGAUACGUAGCGUAGCGUAUCAAUACCAAAACUCCCGGAAUGCAUUGUUUCCCGCGGACUGACUCACUGGCGGUUCGUCGUCGGAUCUUGCUGCAGCUGCCCCGAGAAACCUCAUGACGGGCUCCACCCUCCCCUUGGCUGCCGACAGAUCGGUGCACAGCUCUGCAAGCUUGCUCUCCGUCUUGGUCAGCUCCUCAUCCGGAAUGAAAUGCUGCUUGAUCUCACGCAGCACCAAAUGGCGGUCCCUGAGGCAGAGAGGGAGGGAGGCAGAUAGUUAGAUAGAUGUCCAUCUAUCUGUUGCAUUAAUGGCUGAUGGCCUUUGCUUUGCCAUUGCGCACCCACCGUUCGUUUCUGAGUCUGGGGCAGCAGAGCAGGGCCGCCGAGCUGCGGGGAUCGGGAGUCGGACUCUGCAGACAGAAACGGAAAGGCUCCGUCAGGACAGACAGCGGCAUGUGAUGACUCACAUACCGCCGGCCUUGUUCAGAUACCCACCUUUGUCUGUAUCAGGCUGCACAGUCGUAUGGCCUCCCUGAGGUUCCACUCCCACUCGUGCCCGCCCUCAAACGACUCACGACGACACACACCCUGGACGGCAUGAAUGAAGCCGACGGCCUGGACCACCAGCCUGUCACUCAGCCCCUCCUCCUUUGUGUACAGAUGCCGGCAGAUGAAGAGCAUGUCCUCCUGGUGGAGUUGCUCCACCACCACCCUCGUGAACCGAUUGAGGAACGACCGCGGCAGCCCCUUGCGUCCCCCGCCCUGGCCCACGGGGUUCUGGGUGGCGAACAGCCUGAAGGACGGGGCGCACCUCACUGUGGCGUCGAGCUCGGGUAUGAAGAUCUCCUUCCUGUGGUCGAGGAGAGCGUUGAGUCCCUCGAGCACCGGCUGAGGCGCCAAGUUGAGCUCAUCCAACACCACCCAAGUACCCUCCUUGACCGCCUUGAGCAACACGCCGUCCACCCACCUGGCAGGGCAGGCGCACACACAUACGUACAGUACCGGACACACAACACAGACAGGUAUGGGUGUGGUGUGCGAAGAACCAACCAGGUACCGUACAAACACACCCAUCCACCCCAUGGCUGGCAACGAGCCUCACCUGAAGCGAGGGGCUGACGUGGCCCCGAUGCCCUGUCCUUCACUGGCAGCAUCGGCUGGUGCGGGCAGGUCGGCGCCCAGCAGGUCCAUGAUGUCCGUCUGCUCCGACAGAUUGAUGCGCACCAGUCGGUUGCCCGUCCUCUCCGCCAGCGCCUGGAUGAUCGUCGUCUUGCCCACGCCGGCAGGACCCUCCACCAGCACUGCACGCUUCAGCUGCAGGGCACGAAGCAGCCGACCCAAGUUCUGGGCCGUCGUGGGUGCAGCGAAGGCGAAUCGCUGCGGAGGCUGCUCCGACACAAAGCUCCCACAGGCGAUCUGAAAGUCGCCCAUGCGGAGUGUGUGUGCCUGUGGGGUCAGGGAGGUCGACGAGAGCGCCUGAUGCACCCAGCUGAAGCCCCCCUGUCCGAAGGCGGUCUUGACCGCCGCCCACUCGCCAGCUGAGAGGCCUGAUGCCGCCCUGAUGGAGUGCUCCAUGUCGGUGAGGAUGAAGGACAGCACGUGGGCGUGUUGGCUGUUACGCGACAGAUGGCUACUGGCGGCAGACACACGGCUGGCCUGUCGGGUGAACAGCAGGCAGGACGUAUGGCGUGCCGUGGGCUGAGUUGAGCUGAGUCUCUCUCUUUCUCCCUCGCUCACCAUACCUACCAUGGAUUUGUCUGUGAGUGCGUUCCCGAGGCCAAGCCCAUCCAUCAGAAUCAUACACGCGCCUGCAGGGCCCCCCACAGCCCCAGCCAUACACACAAAAACACACACAAGUGGGGUUAGACAAGAGCUAGCUGUGCAGCCACGAGCGCACCGCACCUAGCCCAGCUCAGCUCUCCUCCCCUUCCUUCCAUACCGUGCAUGAAGGCCAUGACAGCUGCCCUUGGCGAGCCCCCCAUCUGGUGGUGCAUCUCGCUGACAAAGUGUACCCAGCUGAGAGCGUCCCUUGGCGUCAGCGGGUGCAGCGCCCGAGCGUUGAACCACCGCACCGUCUCGAGGGUGGAGUGUGUCAGGAACUGCGCACCGGCAGGCAGCCGCUCCCGCACCAUCUGGACCGCAUCCUCCGACGCGAAGCUGAAGGCCGGCACCCACACCUCCGUGAAGCGGUUCCUCAAAGCUGGCGAGAGCUCUCUCUUCCCAUAGUCACCGCCAGGGUUCAUGGUGGCCCACAGCCGAAAGGAUGGGUCGGCUGAUAUCACGUCGAUGUGUGCGCCGCCCUUCUCCGCGAGCAGCAGCCGCCAGUCGGGCUCGAGGACGGAGUUGAGCCGCUCCAGCACCGAGUCCUCGGCGAGCGAGAUCUCAUCGAGAAGGAAGUGGUCGCCCGCCCUCAGGCUGUGGGUGAGCGGACCAUCCACCCACUCAAAGAUCGCCUCCGCCGCCAGUAGAGCCUUCUCCAGACCCACAGCCGCCUCAUCGACGCGACGUGAUGCGUCAGCAGUGACGUCUUGUGGUGUACCGUCUUCAGCCUGUCUGGGGCUGUCUCGCCGCUCUGUGCACAGACGUUUGGCGGCUGGCGAUGCUGUGGCCUCCUGUGUGCUACGGCACGCUGCUGGUGGUGGUGUUCUCACGUCGGUGCGGAGUCUUUCUCUGAAAAGCCGCAGCUGCCCCACCAGAUGUGCCGAGGGCAAGGUGGCAGGUUCGUCUCUCGCCGAAGCGUCGAUAUUGUCCCGUAGGGAGGGGCUGUGUGCGAGGGCUGCAGUGAUGAGGCGGGCGGUGCCGGCUGCUGCAGUGCUGUCGUCAGCCGCACCCCCACCGUCCACAAGGUCGUCCAGAAGAGUUUUGAGUGCUGCGGCGGAUCGGCGUACCUCCUGCGUCAGCGGCUGUCGGUUCCGCAGCGGCCGCAGGGUGCCCAGUAUGUCGGCCGCCUCGGUGUGCUGGUGACAGUUGAGAAUGUGCAGCUCCCGCCCCGCCGUCCAGCUGAUGGCCUGGCACACAGUCGUCUUGCCGCUGCCCGUCUCACCCACCAUCAACACAGGCUCCUGGAACCGAAGGCAGCGACUCGCGAGAGCCACUAGCCGACAGAGCCCCUCUGUCCAUGUCAGCCCUUUGUCAGGGAAGCCGGGCGGAAGGGCAGACGCCCCUCCAGAGAGCUUCUGGGCGAGUUGAGUCUUAGUGGCCUCUACGUAAGGGUCGGUGGUGUAGUUGAUGUGGAGGGCUUUGCCCUUGAGGAGGUGCCUCUCCAGCACGGACUUGACCUCUUGUUUCUCCUCGUCGACCCUCAGCCGCUCGGCGAUGAGGCAGUAGCCCUCCACUGCCAGCUGCUCCAUGCUCUCCGGCUGCCGAUGGCCCCAACGAAGCAAAUCACGGACCGUCAUGAAACUCUGAGACCCGCCAAACACCUGUUUUAACACACAGACAGCCACACACACAUCAUGCAGCCAUAUAUAUUGGUGUCGUGUUACUUACUGUGCCUCCCUGUCUGUCUGCUUACCAGGCUCUUAAGCCGUCGUGUCUGCAGCGCCUCAUAGACCUUGAUCAUGGCCGAGCAGAAGGCUGGCGGCAGCGAGCAGCGCCGCCCGAUGAUCAUCUGCAGCUCGCCCCGGGGGAUGCUGUCGACGUACAGCUCCAGGAACCGAUUGCGGAAGGCCCGUGAGAGCAUCUUGCGGCCGCCAUAGGCCCCGCCGGCGGGGUUCUGAGUGGCGAAGACCAUGAACUCGGGGUGGGGCUUGACGAUCGUGUUGGUCUCGGGGAUGUACAGCUCACGGUUGUCGUCCAGCAGACGAUUCAAUGCUGUCCACCACCACAACACACAGAGAGAGAUGAUGUUGCCUUGCCGCCUCCCUUGUGGUGUGGCGUUGGUCUGUCUGGCCACUUAGUCACCUUCGAGCACUUCGCUAGGCGCGAGAUUCAGCUCGUCGAGCACCACCCAUUGCCCCUUUCUGGCAGCCUGUACGAGCACGCCCUCCUGGAAGACCAGCCUGCCGGUGGUUGGGUCGGGGAUGUACUGGCCGAGGUACUCUUGUAGGUCUGUGUGCUCGUGGUUGUUGAUGCGGACGAAGGGGUGGCCGGUGAGCCGACUGAUGAAUGACACCAUGCUGGUCUUGCCCGACGACGUGGGGCCCUCCAGCAGGACAGGGGUGCGGCCGCCGCUCAGGAUGCGGCCGAGAUUCUUGAGGUGGUGCUGGGUUGGUUGGCGGUGGGACAUAAACAGCACAGACAGACGCGUGUUUUGACGGACGGGUGUGGUGUACGGGUUUAGGUGGUUUCUGUGCCUUACUUUGACGGAUGGCGUGACGACAAAGUCCCUGUGGGCGGCAUCGAAAUCAAUCGCCUCGUCACCGCUCUGGAUCCAGUGGCCCUCCACCGACACCCACCGCCUCCCCUUGACACCAGGCUGCUCCCUGCCCCCCUUACUGCUGAUGGUGCUGCUGGUGCUGCUGCCGUCCUCGGCCUCCAUCUUGCACUCUGCUGUCGGGUGUGCGAACUCUAUCACACCGCCGCCCUUCUUCUGGGUGAAGGCCUGCUUGGGCAUGGUGGUGGGGGCGGCGAGUUUUGCCAGGGGUACGCGCAGCUUCUGGCAGAUGAGUUCCGUCAGCUUGUCCGCCGACGUGCGGUGCAGGGGGGUCGCGAAGGCCAUCAACAAGCCUUCCGCCAAAGCAUCCUGAACGACACACACGACACGAAUACACAAGCAUGCAAUGUGGUGCCCGUCCGUGUGUAGUGUGGUGCGACUUGCCUGCUCACCAUCGGUGGACAUGGCCGGUGACCCCUUCUCGCCACAGCGACGGCAUGCUUGAGCGCCCGGACCAGCGUCCGCAGCGACAUGUUUGGCACCUUGCCGCUGCCGUCCUCAAGCUGGAACGACUGACACAUCUCCCGGGUGCCCAGGUAGAAGUCAACGAUGUCGUCGACGGGCGGCUCAGGCAUCAGGCUCCUCAGGUAUCCCUUCACAAUCAGACGCAGGUCGGCUCGCGAGCUCACGAGGUCCACAAAUAUCUCGGUGAAGCGCUGGCGGAAACCAGGUGGGAGCUCCCUCUUGCCUGCACUGACCUCACGAUGCUGCGGCUGACGAUCGGUCGCCUGGGGCUCAUCUUGGAUGGAGGAGGGCAGCACGGUGGCCGGCACUGUUGGGGGGUUCAUGCAGGCGAACACUCUGAAGUUGGGGUGGGGCACCACGGGAUCGCCGCGCUUCUCCGACAGGAUGAAGGGGGCCGUGGGGUCGUCCAGGAGGCCUUCGAUGCGCUGGAGGAUGUCGGCCUGCGCCAGAUUGAUCUCAUCCAGGAUGAUCCACUCACCCUUCCGCAAUGCCUCCACCAGAAUGCCCUCCCGAAAGUCGAAACGGAGCGCUCCGGCCCCGGUUCUGCCGUGCUGCUCCUCGCUCCUGACCACAUCAGCGAUCUGUAGACAGUCGCUCUCGAAUGUAGCCCAGCUGGUGAGCAGAGAUCCAUCCCCGCCGCCGCCUCGGCCUCUCUGUUCGUUUAGCUUCUGUAGGGCCGUCCUCGCAGUGGCCAGGAAGGCGUUGAGCAGCGCCGCCCACCUCGACGCCGUCACGUCAGCCACCACGCGCCUCAAUAAACCGGCGUUUUUGGUCUUGGAGAAUGUGCGUGGGAAGAGGUCGCUGCUGAACCUGUCGAAGAGGUCCCUCAUCGUCUGGGAGGGGUCGACCGGCUGCAGGCCACCGAUGAGCUCCUGGCUCUCGCUCUGCUCGCUGAAAUUGUAGACUCUGAGGUCCACGUCCACGAGUGCGGCGAGGUGUUGGAUGAUGGAUGUCUUGCCGGUGCCGGUAUCGCCCACCAGCAGGACGUUCUCGCCAUUGGCUAUGCACGAGGCCACGCUCUCCAUCAACCGGCUGUGCACCGACGUGUACGCGAAGAACGUCCGGUGGGCAGGUGGGGCAGACGGACGGCCUGCGGUGGUGGUGGUGGUUGGUUUCUUGAGUUGGAUGUCGCCACACGUGACGUGGUCAUCGAAUGCCGAAAUGGUGGGAUGCUCAGCCGUUAGCAGAUGCUCAACCUAGGAUGACACAAGAUGACACGCUGUCGCCCAUGGCUACAGACGAUGGGUUGGUCAUUCUCUCGGGCACCGCACCUGAUCUGCCGUCAGUUGGAGUCUGCCCCCAAACGCCUGGGCGGCUCUGACCCUCACCCAAGGGUCAGGAGUAUGCGCCAACAAUGUCUGCCCCCCAACCAACACACAGCAUCGCACCCAUGCCAUGAAUCGAAUCCAUGGGAUAUUCUGUUGGUGCCGGGUCGGACCGUACCGUGGCAGCGUGUUUGAGUAAGCACAUGCGCGUGCUCUCGUUGAGCGGCAGCACCAACGGACACAGGUGCCGCUCCACCCGAUGGCAAUACUUGAGCAAAUCACCCAGACCGCCCACGCGAUGGGCCACACCUACACCUACACCACUGCCCCCCCACCCACAGCCCUCCGACGCCUGCAGGCCCUUGAAGGCACCCAUGACGGCCGGCACGAUUGGCUCCAGGGACGGGUGACGCAGCACUAUGAUAUCACACGCAUCCUGAUUGAUGCCGUCCGUCAGCACACAGCAAAUAUGUAUCAGCGUGUCAUUCACGUGUGUGUCGGUAUGCUCCUCUCCCAGUGUCACCUUGUCCGUGGGCGUUGGCACACCGAUUGACGCCCAUCCCGAUGUCAGAGCCGGCGGCCUCUCGGGCGGCGACGCGAUGCGCAGAUGGAGCUCCUCCACACUGCUGACAUGGGCAUCAGACACCGACGCCGACUCUCUCCUAUGCCGCGCUGUUGUGUCGCUUGUCGUGAGUGUGCCGAGGAGACGAAAGUGGGGGUGGGCGGUCAAGGACUCGUUGCGCUGCGGUAUCGACAGGGUGCGGCCGUUCACAAGGGGCAGCAGGGCGGCUAGGAUCUGCAGACAGACAGGAUGGAACACACAGUUGCGAGCAGGGGUAAUGUGUGCGUGUGUGUCGUCUUUUAUGUGACCUCCUGUGAGAUUUUGUCGACCUCCUCCAGUACCAGCCACUUGCCUGACGGUGCAUACCAACCAGCACAGACACACAAAAUGUUGGUCAUGUCGCUCAAGGAAACCUGAGUGCGUGUGUGGUUGUGAGUUACCCUGUGUGAGGGCGUCGACGAGUAUGCCUGGACGCCAUUCGAACUCCCCAGCACGCUCGCCGCUCACGUACGCACCUGCAUAGACAGCAAAGCAAAGGACACACAACAAACAAUGAAUGACACACUGCGAUCGUGCGGGUGCCUGCCUGCGCACCGAGGAGGCUCUUGGAGUCGGCCUGGUCAUCCAAAUGGAGAAAUAUCGGCGUGGGGGCUCCUGCAGACGGAUGGACAGACAGACAGACAGACAGACACAGAUGUAUAUGAAUGCAGGCCAGGCCGCAAGCGUGCCGGCAGCCCCCACCCCCACCUAGUAUUUUGGCCGCAUAGGAUAUGAAGAAGGACUUGCCACACCCAGACCGGCCCCACAGCAGGACGGGCGUGGUGCGUGUCACCAACAGCAGCAGCUCCCUCAGCACACAUGACGCGGCCUCAGUUGGCGCAAAGGCAAGCGGCCGGGGCGCAGGAGAAAUCAUUGGCCAAGGCCCAUCACUCGGUUGAGCAUGUGGUGCGGCGAAACGGGGCACCAUGAGCCGCUCCAUAGCUGAACUGUGAUCCCCUUUGCCGCCCAGCGUCACCACAGGUAGCACCUGUUGCCAGCCUCCCACACUCAGGAGCGCAGCGAUGUCCGUCAUGCUGCUACCAGAAGGCCCGUUGUCGGCUCGCAAGAAGGACAGCACCGGCAGUAAACCCUCCAUCGACUCGUCAGAGAUGCGGCUGAGGCCAAGCCUCCCCAAAAACGCCUCCCUGGACGGAUGGAUGGGAAAGCAAAGCAAAGCAAAGCACACACACGCGGUCCGGUCACUCCAACGAAAACAAAUGAGCAUGUUCUUAUUCUUGCUUCUUACUGUGCUCUCGGCGCCAUUCUGAGGACGUGUGCCGCGAUGCUCCCGACGAUAGACCUGAGGGUGUGCGGCGAUCGGCCAUCGUGCAUCAGCGCCAACAGCGGUGUGACAUCCCAGAUGGCACGAACACCAGGACAGCUGACAUACAAAAGCAAUGAUGACGUAAGACAGACCAUGACACUCGUCGGCACCCCACACGCACCUUUGAAGCAGCCUGAGGAUGGCCUGGCAGAUCCGAAUGUCAUUCACACCCCUCUGACCACCGCCGCCAUGCUCCUUAGUGGCGCACACAGAUGCAGUGCAUGCCUCCAGCAGACUCCCCCUUGUCCGGUCGAGCAGCAGCUGGACGCGAUCGCGGAGAAAGGGCUCGUGCGACGCUCUGCUGAGGAGGAUGCACCACCUCUCGUCAGUGGAAAGGCCUGUCCACAACCAGCCAGCCAGCCCCACUUGGACAUCACCCUGCCCUGCCCACCGUGGUAGGUACCCUACCUGAGUCGUCCAUGUGUCCUUGAUGCGCACUCGGGUCAUCGCCCGCAUCCACAGCGGCAACCUGUCUGUCAAGGUCCGCGAUAAUGAUCAAGAGGGAGAGGCACGGGAAGGCUCCAACCACGCCCGAUGCCAGCUCCGGUUCCAGCAAGCCUUCCCGCAAAGCGUCGACCAGCUGACGCUGCCCGAAGAGCACCGCAUCCUGUCGAACCACAAACAUGGCUGAAUGCACCCACUCGCCGUGUGUCUGUCUGUGUGUGUCGCAUGGCUUGCCUCACCUUGUCGUCCAUGCUGAUGUUGGAAGCAGCCUGUUCGACCCGAACCGCCCACGAUCUCCACCUGGCGGCGUCUUCCGCCAUACCUCUCACCAGAUGCCUACACAGAUCUUUCAGAGCCUGACCGUUGGACUUCAU